UGUUCACUUUUGUGCGUGCUAGUUCUCAGUUUCGCAUUCGUUUUACGUAAAAAGCCGCACAGCUGUAACAAUAAUUCUUUUUAGUAAUUCAGUAAUUGUUUUGAAUAAAAAAAAGAAACAUAUAAUGUCGCGCAGUUUACAACGAUUUAUUGCACAUUGCAAUAAAAGUUUUUUGUUACGCACACAAGCUUUUCCCAAAAAUUCUAUGGUUAAUCAACUGCAGAGACGAUGUGCCGCUACAGACCCAACCAAAGGAAAGGGUCCCAUUUCAUGGAAGGGUCUUGCGCUUACCGGUGGUGUUUGUGCCGUCGGUUUAGGUUUCAUGUUAUAUGUUAAAAAGGAGAAGGAAGAUGCUAUUAUGCGUGAACGUAAACGGCAAUUAGGGAAAGCGGCAAUAGGUGGACGCUGGGAGCUUAUUGACUCGGAAGGAAAGGUACGAAAGUCUGAGGAUUUUCUAGGCAAAUGGUUGCUAAUUUACUUUGGAUUUACUCAUUGUCCGGAUAUAUGCCCAGAUGAGUUGGAAAAAAUGGCUGCUGUUGUGGAUGCAAUAGAAAUAUCUCCGGAGACUCCUGAAAUCCAACCAAUUUUCAUAACAGUCGAUCCUGAGCGCGACUCCAAAGAAAUUGUUGGCAAAUAUGUAAAAGAAUUCUCUCCAAAGUUACUAGGCCUCACCGGCACAGUGGAACAAAUACGUAAUGUUUGCAAAGCUUUCCGAGUUUACUUCAGCGCUGGACCACGCGAUGUUGACAAUGAUUAUAUUGUUGAUCACACCAUCAUCAUGUAUCUUGUAAAUCCGGAUGGCGAGUUUGUGGAUUAUUAUGGUCAGAAUCGCGAUAAGGACCAAUGUAUUAGUUCGAUAUUAGUUAACAUUGCCAAAUGGAAUAAUUUGAACAAAAAAUCUUGGUUCGGAUAAAAUAUGGAAUUAAUAUAAAAGUACGAUUCGUUUCUGCUGCCUAGUAUUGUUAAUGCAAAAUGUUGAUUUUUAAUUUGUGUAUAUUGUGAUUACGUACUACGUAAUAAACUAACUCAAAAACUA